UUCGACUCAAAAAUGUAAAUGUAAUUUUUGUGUGGUGCAAAUAUGGCGUGAAGUUGUAAAUGAAAUGGAUCAUUGAUAAAUGCAUUUAUAAAAAACUUAUCAGUAUGUUUAAAAAGAAUACACGCAGACGAAAAAUUAAAUUUCGUUCUGAUGGUUUCGUAAUAUAAGUUAAAGUGUUAUCCCUUGAAAUAUUUAUAAAUAAGUCUCAAAACUCAUUUUAUGAUCACAAAUAAGAAUUAAUCUUCCUUAACCAUGGCUCAACUCCAAAUGCAGAAGCGGGGUCGUGGCAACAAUACCAGUGGUGAACCAUCAAGCUCAGGUGGGACGGCCAGCGCGACAAAUCAAUUACCGAUUAUGCCAACAAGCCCCGGUACAUUGACCGACGAGUUAGCGGCACUAUUUGAAUGUCCAGUGUGUUUCGAGAUUGUACUACCUCCGAUUAUGCAAUGCCAUGUCGGACACCUUGUAUGCGCAAGUUGUAGGCCGAAGUUAUCUUGUUGCCCUACGUGCCGGGGAACGUUAGGCAAUAUUCGAAAUCUGGCCAUGGAAAAAGUAGCAAACAAUCUUAUGUUUCCAUGUAAACACAAACAAACUGGGUGCAGGGUAUCUCUAGGAUUAAACGAAAAAGCCGAACACGAGGAGAUAUGCGAGUUCAGGCCUUACAGUUGUCCAUGUCCAGGUGCUUCCUGUUCGUGGCAGGGACAAUUAGAAAAAGUAAUGGGUCAUCUACAGCACGUACAUAAAAACAUAACUACACUGAAUGGCGAAGACAUAGUAUUUUUAGCAACAGAUAUAAACUUGCCCGGCGCUGUGGAUUGGGUAAUGAUGCAGAGUUGCUUUGGCCACCAUUUCAUGCUAGUUCUCGAAAAGCAAGAGAAGUGUGAUGGACAUACUCAGUUCUUCGCGAUAGUACAGCUGAUCGGGUCACGGAAGCAGGCCGAGCACUUUGCAUAUCGACUCGAGCUGAAUGGGAACCGGCGCCGUUUGACGUGGGAAGCCAUGCCUCGCUCCAGUCAUGAAGGUGUGGCCUCUGCAAUUAUGGGCUCUGAUUGUCUUGUUUUUGACACGUCGAUAGCUCAAUUAUUCGCCGAUAAUAACGGCAAUCUGGGUAUAAAUGUUACCAUAUCCGUAGUUUGCUAAGGCAAAGUUGCAUUAUUUGUUAAAAGUGGGUUUAUUUCGUUCUUUAAUUAUUCAUGAUUUGUAUCAAUACUUUCGUUUAUGGCGUUUCUUAAAGACUGUUCGUCAGACCUGAGAACUGAAAGUUGCAAACGAGAACGUUUGACUGAGUAAACAAAUAACAAAGCCGUUUUGCAGAUCAAGUACGUAAUCUCACAUAUGAUAUUGAAUUGUACUUCAUGUGUUGUUAACUAGUUAUAGUGCUGUUUAAUAAACGUAAGUUUUGUAGUGUUUUUUUAAGGUGAAAACAAUCUGGUUUGUAACUUUACAUGUUUUUACAAUCACAAUACGCCUUAUUGAUGAUUUCUUUGUUUAUACAAUGGAGAGCUAUUGACAGUCAGGUUCCUAACUUUUAUUUCGGCUGUCAUACUUAUUAAUUACGUACUCUUGUUCUUACAUAUCGGAACCUUAACCUCAACAUCGUUGUUAGGGCCAAAUUGGUCUUCUCUUUGCACGCUUACCCUAUAAUUUAUUACUUAUUUAUGUUUUCAAUUAGUUGUUUUUAAUAGGAAUGGUAUAAGAGUCUAAGUUACUUUUGAGCAAUUAACAUUGCAAAUGUGAUAAAUAUUAUAACAUAUUUUGAUUUAUCACUUUUUAUACGUUGUUCUACAUUUUAGCCAAGCUUGCAAAGAUCACGUAAGUGUAUUUUUACCAAAAAUUUGUAAUCGACAUCGACUAUCUCGAUAUUUUGCAAAUUUGACUAAACUGUAUUAAAUUUUUAUAAAGUGUCUAUAACAACUCUGCGCAAUUAACAACAUUAGGGCAUGUUUAGGCCAAAUUAAUUUUACCAUCAGACUAAUAAAAGUAUUGUAAGCAAAACUUAUCAGCAGCAUUUCCUGUAUAUGCGAGUUUUUUAACAAUCUUGUAUCACUAUUUUACGUUCUUGACACACCCUGAUGAACUGGAAUAACUUUGGUCUCUACUGCUACAUUAGUUUUGUUUUGUUGUGCUUGUGAUAUACUUGUUGCGUUAUGUAGAGUCCUGUUGUGAGUCUUGUAGCAAUACAAUACAAAAUAUUUGCAUUUUUACGUUUCGUUUUUAGAGUUGUCCCGAUUAGAAAUCAAUCCUGGUGUCAUAAGUAGAUAGUCAUGAAUUUAUGCAUUAGGUACAAUCAACUAGACAAUAUUGCUAUUUGAUGGCUGACAGCUUCAAUUAUUUUUAUUUUCCGUCUUAUAAUCAUCAAUCUAAAAGUCGCAUUUUCAAAUUUUACCUUCGAGUCUCUCUUUACAACCCAAAUCUCACCUCGUAUCCUCUUUGUCCCGCCAUACAGGCUUCCAAGGUUGCUCAGAUCAUUACAGGUCCCCAAUUUCUAUACUCCAGGUCUAACAACCCUAUUCAUGUCUGAAGAAAACGGGGUGACUGACAGACAGAUUAACAUUUUUAUAACGCGAAUAAAACUCACAUAUAUAGGUACUUAUACUUAUAUGUAUAAAUAUACUCGAAGCUUAGUUAGAGUUGUAUCUAUGAAUAAACAAAAUGAUUGCCCUAAAGCAGAUUUAUUCUAGAGUAGAUCUGUACGUACAUACAUUAUUCAUUAUCUGAAAUAGCGUUUGAAUAAUAUUAAAAUGCUACCAAAUCGCCGAUUAUUAUUUGGUGGCGGUCUAUUAAUACAAAAAUAACUAAUUUGUUACACAUCGAUUAAAGUAAUAUGUUCAUUAAUGUACAUGUUGCCUUACUUAGUUACUACAAACAUUGUAAUAAGUGCAGACA